UAUAAUCAGUUUGAACGGAUUUGAAAAAUCACAAUGAAUUUUACAAAGUGCAAAUAUUCAAAUGAAUUUUAAUAAUGGUUAUGCUGGGAACGCAAUUUCUUCUAUUACUUGUUAGUUUUAGUGCGAAAUGGGUUACGUCUACGGGAGUGGGACCCUGUCCCAGAAUAAAGUAUCUCGACAACUUUAACAUAUCAGCAUUUACCGGACACUGGAUAGAAAUAGAAAGAUCUUUUUAUUUAAUGGAAUUAAUCUCAAGUUGUGUAAGAAUGGAUUUAUCACAAAAUUUUAAAGGAAACAUUAACGUAUCUAUUACCUCAAAAAGUAGAUGGUCAGGGGUAUUUUCAAUAAGUGAAGGUAUAGCAACUGUAUCGAAAAAACACCCGUCUAUUUUUGUUUAUAAAGUUAUUAGCACGUUACCGAAAGCAGUAAGCAGAUAUUUACCUGGAGCUGGAUCAUAUCAAGUCAUUAAAACUGACUAUUCAACAUACGCGGUUUUGUAUUCUUGUACCAAUUUUUCUUUUGCAACGUAUCCUCUGGCCAACACAGAUUUGGUUUGGAUAUUGGGAAGGCAAAAAGAAAUAAGCGCUGAAAUAAGAUCGGAAAUAUAUGAUUUUCUAGCAUUUUACCAAAUUGACUCGGAGAGACUGAUUCUGGCUCAAAAUCUUAAUUGUAACUAAU